UGGUGUACACUUUUAUAGUUGACGGUAUCAUAUUACUCUACAUAUACUAUACUUUGCUGACUUUCUCAUUUUGCUUGAGACAGUAGUAUUAGUAGUAGUAUAGGUAUUAGUUUAAGUACAACUCUGGUCGUGGGUACUGUAUGUAUAGUACGUUCCUGAGUUUUGAGUUUAAUUGCUCUUUUAAGUUUCUAUUUUUAUUCUAUUCUAUUUAUUAAAUCCUGAACUCGAGCAAAAUGCCAAAAACUAUAAGACAUAAAACAAUGCAACCAGUUCAAGAAAAUACAAAAAAAUUGAUAUUUACUUUCAUGCUGUCUUCUUCCCUUUUUAGUUUUUAUUUUAUUUUAUUUUUUUAUUUUAUUAUGUAUGAUAGCCUCAGGAGCUAUUAACACACAAACCACUGAAGUAUGAAAUUCGUCUCCAGGUGUGACACACACACACACACACACACACACACACACACACACACAGUGUUUGCCAAAGUAACCAGAAACAAAAAACAGGCCAUUCUUGUUAGGGGACCUUCAUGCUUCCUGAUGGAGGCUGGCAACGUGACAUUACUGUCAUUUAACUAGUAGUAUGGAGCCUUCUUGUCUCAUCAGCUGUAGGGGCAACGGCAGUGAUGCAACACGCUGCUAUGUUGUUUGUUGUGCAUCUUAGAUCUCACAAACUGAAUGAAGUGAUUUAUGGAGGUGGGGCAGGUACUUUUGUGUCUGGAUACACAUUUCACUUUAAGAUCAAACGGAUGACGAAUGUGUCAGCUUGGUCCUCUGUCAAUACUGACAUGUGAUUAUCAUAUUUUCUCUGCAUGCUCACUGAUGCUUGCCACACCCUGUAACCGGGUUUCUGCACAGAAAUUUUGACUUGGCUCAACAAAAUCACAGAAAUAGCAACAAUCUCAACUAGCUGGAUUGUCCACUUAAUAGAAACAAAUUAUUUUUUUAACUGUGUGGGAACAAAACAGAGGGAUGGCACCGGAUGUUUGCAGCAGCAAGAGCGAGAACAAAGUAUUUCAUUUCCAGAAAGUGUCCCAGCUGACACCCUGACCUGCUGAUUUUACCACACACCCCUGAUUACCCAGUGACUUGCAACAGGGUCACAUUACGUAAUCUGGGACAUCUCGUGUGUUAGAACUAGUCAUUUCAAAACAUGCAUUUAGGACAAAAAGAAAGAACUUUCUCAGGUGUAUCAAUCAAUUUACAGCUUCUAAAAUCUAAAAUUUGCACUGUUUUCAAUGCUGACGAUGUCUCUUUUUUUAGGUUUGGAGCUUUAUUUUUAAGGAAAAUUAAUUAGUCCUAAUAAAAUGGGAACAGCUGUUUAUUUUUUUCAGCAAAAAGCAUCAAAGUAUGACUCUGUAAGCCAGGGGUUCACAACCUUUGUUUUGCUUGUGGCCCCUAAAAAUGAAGCAAUGUCUAUACUUGCAACCACACCUGCAUAUGUCCCGUGGGUCCAAUUUCUUAAUGACCAUGUCUAAGUUCUAUUUUAAAAAGACAUUACCCACUGUUAUAUCUCCUAGUAAUGAGGUUACAUAUUGUGAUUUGAUACAUCAAUUGAACACAAAUAAAUUCAUGAAAUACCAUCAUCUUUUUUGUGUUAUGGCAUCAAUUUUGUUUGCACUCUGUCUAAUUCAGGUCUCAUAAUUCUCACCACGUGGCAGGCCUUCUUCACAGCAGACACAAUACCAGGACCCUGAAAAUGAAGCAGCUAAAUGGAAUUCAGCCAUCAUUCAUUUUAAUUAUUACACCAGUGUUUUUAGAACAUCCUAUUGCAGCAAAAACUUUUAAUGACACACCCACAUGCAGUAACAUAUUUGGGAAGGAAACAGGGCAUUGGGUCAACUCUCCAUUUAAGAAAAAAAUCACAUAUUGUAUCACACUUAAAGCAAUUCUCUUCAGUACAGACUCAUUUGGGUGUGAGGCUGUUGUCAUCUUUGAAAGUUAUAACCAAGCCAGUGUAGAAGUCAUGUCGAUCAUAAUUAACCCUGAGGAUUUUUGGGACCUACUGAAUCAGACUAUCCACACCAAUGACACACUUGUUGUGAAUCCAAAGACAUUAUCAUGUCAGAUAAAACCGGAUCCUACAGUAGCUGUGACCCUGUGCCUCAUCCUCAUAGUCAUCUUUUUACUGGCAAUACCAGGGAAUCUGUUAGUGGUUUUGGUGAUUGGCACCAGCAAACAGGCGCUGACUCCAUCAAAUGUAUACUUGUUUCAUUUGACGAUAGCAGAUGGUCUGAUGGCCCUAACCCUCCCAUUCUGGGCUAUAGCACUGAUCCAAGGAUGGAUCUUUGGAGACUUCAUGUGCAAGUUCCUCAACCUCGUCAUUGAAGCAAACUUCUACACCAGCAUCCUCUUCCUUGCCUGUAUUAGCAUUGAUCGGUAUCUUGUGAUUGUACACGCGAGUGAGAGUCUCAGGAGUCGUCAGAGGAUGGGCAGCUGGCUCCUCUGUGCAGCAGUGUGGGCCUUUGGCUGGGCCCUCGCUCUGCCUGCACUUUUCAACGAUGUCUCCAAGCGAGACUCUGAAUCAGAGAGGAUGACUUGCUCUGAAAACUUUGACAUAGGUAGUGCUUCCACAUGGAGGCUUGCCACUCGCGUGUUCCGCCAUAUUUUUGGCUUCUUUCUUCCUCUGGGUGUCAUGAUAACCUGCUACAGCAUCACCAUCGCAAGGCUGCUGCACACUCGAGGUUUCCAGAAGCACCGGGCCAUGAAGGUGAUUAUAGCUGUGGUGAUUGCAUUUCUGCUGUGCUGGACACCGUACCAUGUAACCAUGGUGGUGGACACAGUCCUGAGGGUGGAUCUGAAACUGUUUGACUGUGCUGUGAGGAGGUCAGUGGAGAUGGCUUUGCUUAUAACUAACAGUCUGGCUCUGCUCCAUAGCUGCAUCAACCCUGUCCUCUAUGCCUUUGUGGCAGAGAAGUUCAGGAGAAAAAUGCUGCUGCUUCUGCAAAGGAAAGUCAGACAGGAGAGGAUGGUCAGCAGGUCAACAUCUCAGACCUCAGAAGGCAACAGAACUGUUCUCUGAAACCUCAAUGGACUUUUUAAAAUAUACAGCAUACAUCCAUAUUCAUCAAGGCUUUUUAGUCCAGAAAGGAAGAUGCUGUUAAAAAAAGAAAGUUAUGAAAAGUACAAGAUGCUCUGUUCCUCACACACUGUAAAUUAUCCAUUCAGCCUGUGCAUUAGAUUAUAUGGAUGGAUGGAUAAGAAUGGGAAUAAAUAGACAAGGCUUUAUGUCUCAGCUUUGUCAAAACAAGAGUCUAUGCCAGCAACUCUGGGGCACUUUGCCUUGAGCUAAAUGCUAAUGCAUGGACAGUGCUAACAUUUUCAUGGAAACCAGACAAACUGAAGUGGUUGGACUUCAGUAUUUAGGUCCCUGUACAGAAUUUCAUUGUUGUAAAUAGUUAAAUUCUGUCUGGAAGAACUUGGACCUGAUGUUAAUAGUCACACAGCCCAAGGCAGGACAAUCUUGAAAUCUAUAUUAAAACAUUUGUUGGCUUAAUUAAGUAAUGGUAUGUGUGGGUGCAUGGAGGGAAAGUAUAUACUGCAUCAUUCUUUAUACUUUUGAUUUGUGUGGUACACUGCUGCCAUCUACUGAAUUUACUGUUGUCUACAUCCACAACUGAAACCUUUCAAAUUUCCAGUCUCUGAUUUGAUCCGGUCUAUGUUCGUUUAUAAAAGCAGACCAGCUUUUGUGAACCAGAGCUAUGUGGUGGCACAUAAUGCUGAUCUGGAUAUGCUUUUUAGUGUUUUUAACCAAAGAAUCUUGGAGUGCAUGCAUGUUAAAUAUACAGUAGGUGCCCCAGGAGGAAUUCAACCCUUCACUCUAACAGUGCUUUUAUUAUCCAGCUGAUAUUUCUGUGUUUAUUUAUAUAUGCUAUACAUGUAUAUGUUAUAAAGUUUGUAAAAAGUAUAAAUACUGCUGUCUUUUUCAAUAAAAGACCAGAAAUGCUCCAAAUAUUAUUCACAUUUCAGGUUCUGCCAAGUUAAUCAUUAAAAAUAAAAGGUUUUGCAAUUUUCCCUACACUGACUGAUUUAAUGUUGUAGACCUGUGUUUGGUUAAUAUGCACAUGCUCCCCGUAACCAAUAAAACCAUCAAUACCUAA